CAUAUGUUUAGUUUCAGUUUAUCUAUAAUUUUUCAAAUAAAAACGUGUUAUAAAAUAUAUAAAUGUACAGGAACAUUUGGAAGGGUAUUGUUGUGUCGCAACAAAUCGACGGAUGAGUACGGCGCGAUGAAAGUGCUGAACCUGUCCGAUGUGAUCCGAUUGAAGCAGGUGGAGCACGUGAAGAACGAGAAGAACAUUCUGCUGGAGAUCAGGCAUCCCUUCAUCGUGAACAUGUUGUGGUGCAACAGAGACGAUUCCUGCAUUUACAUGCUCUUCGAAUACGUCUGCGGCGGUGAGCUUUUCUCGUACUUGAGGAACGCAGGAAGAUUCAGCACCUUAACGGGAAACUUCUACAGCAGCGAAAUCGUCCUCGCCUUGGAAUAUCUCCACUCGAAAAGCAUCGUCUACAGAGACCUGAAACCUGAAAACCUUCUGCUCGACAAAGACGGUCACUUGAAGAUCACCGAUUUCGGAUUCGCCAAGAAACUCACGGACAGAACGUGGACUCUGUGCGGAACACCCGAAUACUUGGCUCCAGAAAUCAUCCAGAGCAAAGGACACAACAAAGCCGUCGAUUGGUGGGCUUUAGGUAUUCUGAUUUACGAGAUGCUCGCCGGAUAUCCGCCUUUCUACGACGACAAUCCGUUCGGUAUUUACGAGAAGAUCUUGAGCGGAAAGAUCGAGUGGCCCAAGCAUCUCGAUCCAGUCGCCAAAGAUCUGAUCAAGAAGCUGCUGAUACAGGACAGGACUAAGCGUUUGGGCAACAUGAAAAGCGGUGCCGACGACAUCAAGAGGCAUCGAUGGUUCAAAGGGAUCGAUUGGCAGGAGGUGACGAUGAGGAAGCUGAAGGCGCCGAUCAUUCCGAAAGUUCUGUACGACGGAGACACGAGCAACUUCGACGAGUAUCCGGAAACAGAUUGGAAGAGUGGUAAGCAUCUGGAGGAGGCGGAUCUGAAGCUGUUCGAGGACUUCUGAUGCGC